UCGGGCUGCCAGGCAGAGAACCUGGAGCGAGCCACCAGCAGUGAGAGUGGUGUGUCUGUGUAUGCGAGUGUGUGUGUGUGUGUGUGUGACUGAAGUGUGUGUGCGCGCCACAGGAUUGAGUAUCACUUACAGAAGAACACAGGUCGAGACAUGCAUCCAGUGAGCGUGUCGAUCCCGUCGUUUCGAUCAGAAAACAACUCGAUCGAGAGAGGAUACACGGUCUUUAAAAUUGACGUGCUGAUGAACGGCAGACAACACGCCGUUGAGAAACGCUACAGCGAAUUCCACGCUUUGCAUAAAAUGCUAAAGAAGAGCAUAAAACCACCCGAGAUCCCAUCGAAACACGUUAGAAACUGGGUUCCCAAAGUCCUGGAGCAGAGAAGGCACGGUCUGGAGCUCUACCUGCAGACUAUAAUUAUGGAAACCGAGGUUCUUCCAAAGAUAUUCCUGGAUUUCCUGAAUAUCCGCCACUUUCCUUCAGUGCCAAAAACAGAAAGCUGUGGGUCGUUCGACACAGAAUCAGAGGAAUCGAGUAAACUUUCACAUCAGCCAGUCAUGCUGUUUCUGAGAGACCCCUACCUGCUGCCAUCCGCACACGAUACAUUUUCUAAUGUCGUGAUCGAAGGUGUGAUACAUGGAGUUUUCUACCCAGAUUUUCAACCAAGGUAGAGUUGCAGAGGCGUCUCCUCAAACGAAUGCUUCAUAUUCAUAUUCACACCAUUUUAGGUGUGCACCACGAUGCACUGAGCCUCAUUUGAAUUUCCCGAAAGCAUAUGACAAAAAAAACCCAGUCACAUAAGAAUAAAAAAAGGUGCCUAGACUUAGUAAAUCACUGGCACCACAUUUUAACAAAUCUAUUGUCCUAGUUUUGACCCGUAUUUCAGUGAAUAAUUCUUCCUAGAAAAGAGUCUAAGAGUCUAACUAUAGAAAUGAACUAAAUGUGAAUCAGCCAGGCAGGCUAUCUUGUUGAGAGACAUAAUGAAAAGAACUAGGAAAAGCUUGCACAGGGUAUAAUCAAGAAGAUAAUUGAUAAAUUGUGUUUUCCUUCUUACUUUAGGAAGCAAAGAGAUAAGAAUGUGAUUAAAAAUAAGGGAGACCUCCUUUUUUUUGUGAGAGAGUUCAGUUAGGGAUAGCAGUCUGUGGGGAACCAGAAGGAGCUGAAGAUUUGCCUGAGACAGGGAAGCCUUUAAGACCGAAGCACAGGGCCGGAGAGCGGAUCUGGAGCACGGCCUGCGAACAGAGAGGCGCCGCCCGCCGUCGUCAUUGCUACCAGUGAUGUCGGUUAGAAUCUGUUUUUAGCUGCUGUGUGAAUGUUUGAAGAGGGUGUUCUGGUGGAGUUGACAGCAGCGUUGCCACAUGAUACGAUGGAAAUGAUUGGAGCUUCAGGAGCAGGAGGUUGUGGCGGUGGUGUCUGUGUGGCAUCAGAUGUCUGUGAAGCAGUGUUUUGACAGAGUUGUUCUGAGGCUUCUGGGGGUGAGCAGCUCAGUUUGACCUGGUGACGAGGUGACCGAUUUAACCACGACUGUGAGAAAUGUGGCACGACCUGUGACUGAGGGAAGACAUCUUCAGCUCCAGAUGGGCGUCAACAGUGGAUGUUGACGAAGCAGGGUGGUGGCGUCCAUGUCUUACUCACGCCUUCACUUGCUAAUCUUUCUUUCUCUAUAGCUCUGCCCACUUUAUGAAAUAGGAGGAAGAAACAAACCACAGGGUUUGAGCCCCACAUCUACCCCAUAGCAGACUCAGCCUCCCUCCCACUUGGACCAUGAAGAAAAAUCUCAUGAAAACAAGCUUCACUCUGCACAAAUACUGCCCUGGUGUUUGUUUUUUUUUUACAUCAAGGGAAAUGAAAAUCACGUUGAUUUAUGUACAGGAUUAGGGGGGGAAAGCUCCUGAUAGGGUUAGUCGCUAAAGGCCAGUGUCAAACACUAACACCAGUCAUUUUGCAUUUAAUUCUGACUUUAUAGACUAAACAGAAGGUCAGUUUGUUUUUGUGUGUGGUGACUUAAGGCGUAGUCACUCAUCGUGUAAAGGGAUUUGUGAGGGAGGAGGUGAUUUAAAACAAAACCAGUAAAGAUACUGUGCAAUAUGAAAUGAAAAUACAAAUUGUGUAUCGUUAGCUCUAAAUGAUUGUCUUUGAAACAACACAUCAUCUCCUGUUGUGAACAUUGUGAAUGACUUGCAGUGAAGCGUUGUGUUGCAUGUCACUUAAUGUACAAACACUUGUCUUGUGGCUGGACCUUCACGACAGCACAGUGAUGAACUGCAUCAUUAACUUGAAUGACUCUUUAACAAGAAACCUCAACUUAACAGAUCACGUUGUAUGUUUUGACAAAGUAAAAUAACCAUCUUGUGGACUUGUAUACGUAUUUAUAUUGAGUAUUAUUGUUCUCUUCAUGCUCUGAUUAUGUGAAAAGGAUCAUUAAUGUGCCAUAACGUCGACCUACAGUGAACACUGGAUUUCUACUGUAGCACUUUAAAAUGGGCAACAUGUAAAAAAAGACUGACACCAAUAAAAAUGAAUUAUUUCCACAAAA